UUACGCACACGUGGUAUAAACAUAUGUGUGUCUGUUUGCACAAAUCCAACUUCGCUGCGUCGAAAUCGGUGUGUUGUCAUGUUUUCGCUCGGAAAGCUGUCAUUUCAACAAUAAGAAGAAUAGCAAGAGCAACACAAUCUCCGAUUUUCGUCUGACGUGGUCCGGGUACAUCGGCUAUCGGUAAAUUCGUUACAUUUCUACAUCGGCUGCAAUUCCGUGUACGUAAAAACGUCCUGUUGCAGCUUCCGGAUCGUGAAUCGCCACCAGCUGCAUCAUGAAUCCCUUAGGAUUGCUUACACUGGUUGCCCUACUGGGAGUGGGGUAUGCCGCUUCAGCGACCACCCAGCGCACUGUGUCCAGCCACCUUACAGCACAGGACCAAGAACGUUUUGCGAAGGUGUUUAGCGAGGGACUGAAAUCGAACGAUCUUCAAUCGUUGUACUAUGCGUCCGCGAAUGUGGCUCUUCCGGCCGGUGAUGUUACCAGCACCUGCAAGCGUCUAUUCACGCUGCAUGGUGAAUCGAAACUAAAUGAUUUCGAGAAAAACUUUUAUCUCAUCGGUGCUCGUAAGAAUUUUGGCUGUAAAGAGGCACUUCCGACGAAGGUUGAGUCUGCUGUGAAGGCGGCACUGACGAAGGAUGCUUCGACUGCUCAGGAGAUUUACUACAACUUCCACUCAGCCAAACUGGCUGGCCUCACCGUGGAUGAGAAAGUACGCACCACGCUCGGUAAGAAUCUGCAAACGGUGCUGAAGAAGGAUGAUUCCUUGAACUCCUUGGGACAUGCUUUCACUGUGGCCGCCGAUCUCGGCUCGGCGGGCACCUUUGCAUACGACCGUAUCGAGGAAGCCUUUGUGCAGGCCGAUGAAGUCGAUGGCAAAAUGCUUCAGUUUGAAGGUGGUCUAAGCAUUACGGCACUUAUCGUAAACGGUGGAUUCAAGCUAGCUACAAGUCUCUCCAAACCAGCCCCGAUUACAGCUGACCAGGCAGUCAAAUUUGCCACCUAUUUCCUGUCGCGUGCCUCCGUCCAAACGCCGAAAGGUGUAAGCGUAUUGCUGGAAGCGUUGAAGCUGCUUGCUUCGCAAAAAGCUAUCGCUCCGGUCUGCAUUCGUUUGGCCGACAAUGGUCAACUGCUUCCAGAGUCACCCGUGCUCAGUGUGCGCGUUUGUGACCUGCUCGGCAAGGCCCUGUCACCCGCUCUGGCCGCACUGUCCACAACGAUCGUGUCCCGGACGAGCAGCGAAGCGCUUGUUUCGAAGGUGAAUUUGGUCCCUAGCAAAGACGAUCCGACACUAUACACGUACAGCUUGAAAUCGGCAUCUCCUACCCGUGGGCUGUAUCGUGUGGACAUUGAAGUUGCUCCGUCCUACCGCCAACAAUUGCAGGUGAGCGUGCUCGGUAAGGUUCGUGUAAGCUCGCUAGAGGUCGGCGUAGGAGAUACGGAUAGUGCGGCCUCGAGCGUGAAACGUCACUCGGUUGCACACCCUUCCAAGCUGGCAACCGUUCUGAAUGCUGACUCGCAGCAGAAAGUCGUCCUGAAGACGGCACUCGUUGAUGAUGCCAGUGGCAAACCGAUCACCGUUCAUCAGGCAUUCGUGCUGCUGCGCCAUCGCGACAGUCGGCAGGAAAUUAUUUUCGUCGCCGAAACAGAUUCGAGCAAAGCGUACAAAUUCGAGAUGGAUGUUGGUGCGCGAGCUUCAGACUUUGGCCACAAGAGCGGGCUCUACGAGGUACGUUUGAUCGUAGGCGAUGCGCUUCUCUCCAACUCGUUCCAGUGGCAUUUGGCCGAUCUGGAGCUCAAGUUUGCCGUGAGCGAAGGACAGCAACAGAGCGCAACGGCAGAUGCUGCCAGCUCGCGUAAAUCACUGCCAGAAAUCGUUCACCAGUUCCGCGCACCGGAAAAACGUCCGCCCCGCUUUGUGUCCGACUUGUUCACCGCACUUUGCAUCGCUCCCAUUGUAAUCCUGUUCGGUCUGUGGGCCAAACUAGGUGUGAAUGUGAAAAACUUCCCACUAUCCCUCGGUGCGCUUGGAUUCCAUCUCGGUUUGGGAGCCAUUCUGGUGCUGUUUGGCAUUUUCUGGCUUCGAUUGAACAUGUUCGAAACGAUUCGUUACCUGAUUCCGCUGGCACUGUUCACGUUCUUCUGUGGCAAUCGAAUGUUGCGUAAGAUCGCACGUGGUGGAAGCGACAAGUAAAACGGAGUCUCAGCGAUCUCUCCUCGAGAAGAUGCCUCUCCUUUGUGAGUGUCGAACGGCGGUCCUCUAACGAACAAAGGUUUAACACUAAGCAAACUAGCAUGACGGAAAAAAUCGACCUCUAAUCACAGGAGAGAACAGAGUAGGAGAACCAAAAAUCAUUCCCUUUCCCUGCCGAAGAUCGCAACGUAGGGGGACCAGACUAGGAAGAAUGCGAAUUUUAAAUACACUGUCUGCAUCGAACUACAUCCCGAUGCAGAGCUUAAUUGGCGUGCAGUUUUGCACAAAUCUGUCUUUACUUUGUAAGAAUUACCGCGAGAAGUCAGGAGCAAUAAGAGAAAUAACAAACAAACAAACUAGGGUUUAACUAACACAGGCGAAACGAGGAUCAUAUUGAGGAUCUCUUUACAGAGAUUGCCGGUUUGCCGUGUGAGAAAUAAACGAUGGAAAAAUUUGAA